AUGGAGGGGAAAGGUGGUGUGAGUGAAGCAAACACAAGCAAGGUAGGUAUAGGCGUAGCUUGCGUGGGCACAGCGGGGGCUGUCUGGGGUGCAAGAGCUGCCCGGGGGGCAGUCUUGGGCACUCAGGGCGUCGUGGUUGGUGUUGGCACAUGGGUGGUAGGUGCUGCGACACAGGCAUUCGGGCUAUCUAUUAGGAAUAAGCUACACGAGGAGACAAGGUUAGACAUGUGGCGAGAAAUGAUGAUG